CUCUCGUCGCCUGGCAACCUUCCGCGCGCCGCGGAGGGGCCGCGGAGCUCGCAGACCGGAGUCACUGCGCCAAGUCCAGAGAGCCGAGCGUCAGAAAGUUGGAAUUAACACUAAGCCUGCUUCUGGACAUGGUGUCAAAACAAAGUUACUACUAAGUUUGACUAACAGAGAGAACAUGGUUCGACUAACAUUGGAAUUAAUUACCAAAAACAGCAAUCUGAAACUCCGAAAAGAAGAAACUAUUGCACAUUGCCUGAAGAAAAUAACUCAUAUAAAUUUUUCACACAAAAGCAUUGAUUCAAUUGAUGACCUCUCUCCUUGCAAAAGCCUUACUGUUUUAUAUUUAUAUGACAACCACAUUAGUGACAUCACUAAUCUGAAUUAUGCCACAAAUCUGACCCACCUGUACCUGCAAAACAAUUGUAUUUCUUGUAUAGAUAACCUCAGAUCACUCAAAAAACUGGAAAAACUGUAUCUGGGAGGCAACUGCAUUGCUGUCAUAGAAGGUUUGGAAGGAUUAGAAGAACUUAGAGAGCUUCAUGUUGAGAGCCAGAAGCUUCCCCUUGGAGAAAAGCUUCUGUUUGAUCCAAGAACUCUUCAUUCUCUGGCAAAGUCCCUCACUAUAUUGAAUAUCAGCAACAACAAUAUUGAUGACAUAAAAGACUUAGACAUACUGGAGAAUCUUAAUUACCUUGUAGCAGUGGACAACCAACUUGUGCGUGUGAAGGAUUUGGAGUUUUUACUGAACAAGUUGAUGAAGCUAUCAAAAAUGGAUCUCAGUGGAAAUCCUGUUUGUCUUAAACCAAAAUACAGGGACAGACUGAUACUGGGGUCCAAGUCACUAGAAUUUCUUGAUGGAAAAGAAAUUAAAAACAUGGAAAGACAAUUCUUGAUGAAUUGGAAAGCAUGUAAAGAUGCCAAGAAGGUCAGCAAGAAGAGGAGCAGCAGCAAAAGUGAGGAUGCCUACAACACCUACCUAAGUAACUUUGAAGCAGUGCCUCAAAUAGUUCCUGUUUAUUACCCACAGGUGGGUAAGCCAAAACUAGUCUUUUUCUCUGAUGUACAGAGAUAUCUUGCAAAUGGAAAUGCAUCUUCAGAACACUCCCAAGAAGAUAACACUAAAAUUAUUGAAGACGUGAGGAAUCUGUCUUUGAAGGAAUCUGAACGCUUACUAACAAAAACUGAUGACACGAACCUCACUGUCUUCAAAACCCAAAACUAGAAGAAAAUUUGUUUGUGGCAAAAGAAGUAAAUUCGGCGUCGUGUGAUGAGUUUUUUUUUUUUUUCUUUUUCAUAGAAGCCGGCAAUGGCAUCUUUUGCGAGUUUGUUCUCUCAGUGUGGGUUAACUUGUUUGACUUACUCCUUUCUUGAAACCGAGACUUUUCUUUCCACGUGUGGGUUCAAGAAUCUAUUUACUUUUUAGUCGUGCAUAAAAUUUACUGUGAAAUAAAGAUAUACUUUCUUAUUC